UUUUCCUUUUUUAUUACCUAUAUGAAUACCCCUUUCAACUCUCUUCUCUCUCUCCAUCUAAUCUCAUUGUUCCUUUGAGUCUCAAAAUUUUCUUUGCUCCAUUUUUCUUCCUCUUUCUCCUCUCUGAGGAGUCUCUGAGCCAGCAUAGCUCAGGUGUUCUUUGUUAUAAGAUCUUUGUGAAAAUUUGUGAAAAGAUGAAUCACUGUGGUUACCAGCAGAAGAACGCCAUGAGAAGCUGUGAAGAGAUGAGGAUGGAAUCUGUGGUUUGCCCUAAACCUCGCAGAUUUGGUCAUAUGAACAACAACCAUAUCAGACCCUUUAAGCCACAAUUUAUCAGCUACCAAUCAGAGAUUGAAGAUUCAAAAGCUAGGGAAGAUCUACUAGAUAUCAUUCUCCCCAAGUGUGACAGAUUUGGGGACCUAAUGGCAUCAUCACCACCACCAUAUUUUUGUGGAUCUCCACCUAGUAGGGCUUCAAAUCCUGUGAUUCAAGAUGAGCAAUUUGGUAAAAGCAAUGGUCAUGGAAAUUUUAGUCCAUUUUCCAUGGCAGCACCCUCUUCACCGUCUUCCUCGGCUCGAGGCUGUGCUCCAAAGAAAUUUGGUCACACACAAGCUGCAGUUAGGAUUGAAGGUUUUGAUUGUCUAAAUAGUAGGGAUAGGCGCAACUGCAGCAUUUCAGCUGUUGCAUAAUUCAUUUCCAACACAGAAAAAAGCAAAAUAGUUCUAAAAGAGCAAGUUAAGGUUUUUGGUGUCAAAAGGAAGCUAAUCUUAAUUCAAUGUAAGAUAUAUGUAUAUAAAAUGGUCUUUGGAUAAAUUGUUCAUGAGUUUAAGGUGUCAUGUAAAAUUGAGAUGGUGAGAAUUUUAUUUUAUUUUUUGCUUUUUUAUUUUGAUGAAUAAUAAGAAGACAUGUUUAUUAUUAGAGGGAGGAAAAGGGUAAGGUAAAGUCUUGUUCUUUCUCUCGUUAGGUUCUUGAAGAGAGUUUGAAACUCAACACAUCCUUCUUUUGUAAUUGUAAUUUGGAGGAAAGUGAGGGUUAAUGUUUGAAAAUCUUGUAAAAUAUAUAUUUUUGUGGGUGCCCUUCUUUGUAGGUGUCACCUAUUUGAUGAUAUCAAAGAGAUCUUGUUUAUACAUA